GAAAUCAAAAAAAUUGAUAACAGAGAUGGAAGCUGUUGAUGUCAGACUACCAAAUAAUUCACUCUCUCCGUUCAACAAACAGGAUUUAACCAUUAAAAUUGGCGAUAAAGAGAUUUUUGUCAAGAAAGACGAUUUAAUGGAAGUUUCACCAGUUUUCCAGACAAUGCUCACAGCAAAUUUUCAGGAAAAAGACGCUCAGCUAAUUGAACUUCCAGAUAAGGACCCAACUACAUUUGCUCUUUUUCUAAGACACACAUUACCUGGUUUUGAUGGAUUAGAAUUACAAGAAUCAACAGCUCGCCUUAUUCUACCAUUGGCGCAUGAAUACCAGACUGACACAACUUUAUCAAAAAUAGACCAGGUAUUGGCUGCAUGUUUAGAAAAUAGGGAAUAUGAAUGUGACAAAAAGUUAACUGAUGAAAUUUUAACAGCUGAAUUCUACAAUCUGCAACAAUAUGUAGCUGCAUGCAUUGACAAGGCAGCAACAUUCUCCCAUAAGGCGUUUAUAAAAAACCCAAAGUUCCAUGGUGUUUCAGGUGAUACAAAAUCUGAGAUAUUCUUGAAUAUGUGUAAAGAAAUGGAAGUACGGAAUGAACAAUGCGUUCAGGAGACGGAAAUACGAAUUGAACAAUGCAUUAAGGAGCUGGAAGUAAAUGCCAAACCUAGGUGUCAGUCUUGUUGUAGUUCCGACAGGUUUUACGAUGCCUGCAACAAACUCAAAUUAAUAAGCAAAGCUAGCGGUACCCGAUUCUGGGUAUUAAAAUGA